CAGGGCUACUGGCCUCGUAGCCAUUUUAGGAGGAAAUCCGGAUCCCUACCCGCGGAGGUGGCUCCCGACCCGAGCCGCAGUCAUGGGAAACACCACCAGCGACCGGGUGUCCGGGGAGCGCCACGGCACCAAGGCAGCGCGCGCCGAAGGUGCCGGCGGCCAUGCCCCGGGCAAGGAGCACAAGAUCAUGGUGGGGAGCAUCGACGACCCCAACGUCUUCAGCUUGCAGGACCCCAAGCUCCCUGGGGACAAAGAGUUUGUGUCUUGGCAGCAAGAUCUGGAAGACACUGUGAAGCCCACCCAGCAGGCCCGGCCCACCGUGAUCCGCUGGUCUGAAGGAGGCAAGGAGGUCUUCAUCUCGGGGUCCUUCAACAAUUGGAGCACCAAGAUUCCACUGAUUAAGAGCCAUAAUGACUUUGUGGCCAUCCUGGACCUUCCUGAGGGAGAGCACCAGUACAAGUUCUUUGUGGAUGGACAGUGGGUUCAUGAUCCAUCAGAGCCUGUGGUUACCAGUCAGCUGGGCACAAUUAAUAAUUUGAUCCAUGUCAAGAAAUCGGAUUUUGAGGUGUUUGAUGCUUUAAAGCUGGAUUCCAUGGAAAGCUCAGAGACAUCCUGCCGAGACCUUUCCAGCUCACCCCCAGGGCCUUACGGUCAAGAAAUGUAUGUGUUUCGAUCUGAGGAGCGAUUCAAAUCCCCACCCAUCCUUCCUCCCCACCUUCUCCAAGUUAUUCUGAACAAGGACACUAACAUUUCUUGUGACCCAGCCUUGCUCCCCGAGCCCAACCAUGUAAUGCUGAACCAUCUCUAUGCGUUGUCCAUUAAGGAUAGUGUGAUGGUCCUCAGUGCCACUCAUCGUUACAAGAAGAAGUAUGUCACCACUCUGCUGUAUAAGCCCAUCUGAAGGGAUCCCGUCUGCCUCCCGGGAUUACAAGAAGCCGUUCCCUGACCUUUCUGGACUGAGCCAGUCUCACCGGAGACUGGAAGGCCAAUUUGCUUUGAGGCCGAUGUGUGUGUUUCUGAGCCUCUGAGUAGGACGCUCUGCUUUUGCAUUUGAUUGCAGAUGAGAGCUUUUGAGUUCAUGGAGUUUAUUUUAAGAAAAAAAUAAUAGUAAUAAUAAUAAGGUUAUUGGAAUCUUCCUAGCCCAGCUAGAUGUAUUCUCUCUGCGAAUGGACCCUCACCAAAGUAUGUUGGGGGAGUGCAGGAAAGACCGUGCAGGAAACUCUUUUUCCUGAGAGGAAGGAACUGCAGGUGCUCAGGAUCCUUGUUGGGCAGAGAUGCGGCCCCUGCUACCUUGGGUCUCCAAGGGAUGGAUCCUACCAGGUGGUUGCCCUCUGCCCUGCUGCCACAUCACAGGGGGCUGCUUUCCUUGCAUGGGGUCUCGGUGUUCCCAGGGUCUGGGAAUCUUUUUUUAGUGAUGCCAGAUGCCCGUAGGUACUUUUCAUGUCACAUGCCAGCGGUGACAGCCCCCUUCAGAUUGAGUGGAGAAGUGGCCUCUUUGAAAAACUCUAUUGGGCCUGGCCAGCUCAGAACCCAGAGUUGCCAAAAGGGCGCCUUUUUGGCCCAGCAGAGGCCCAGGCAUCUGUAUUACUGCUGGUUUUAGCUCCCACUAAAGGCACUCGACCCCACAUUAGCAAAGACAGAAUGCAAACGAUCUGCUUGCUUGUUUCAGUCUGGUGCCACCCCUUUCUCUGUGGGCCCAUGUGGGUGGGUUUUCCCUCCUGGCCCAGCCCUGUGUAAUGUUGUUUUGGUCUGUUUCUCUCUUUCUCUCUCAGAGCAGACAGUUCUGAAGUAAGGUAAGAAUGGAGUUGGGGGGAAGCAUUUAUGUUUUUCAUCUUUAGAAGAUUUUUAUGUGUCCGUUUUUUGCUUUUGCUUUUUAAUGAGGGGGAGGCUGGGAGGGCUCUUCAUUGGUCUUACAAGAAUAUAUAGGGAAACGGCAGGCUCUUGAGAAACGCUUGCUAAGAUUUCCUUUUUUGGCUAGCCUUCUACCAUCUUACACAAGUGUGGCUGACCCCGUUCACUCCCUUACCACUGCUCUGAGCUUAGUUCAUUCAGCCCCUUUGAUAGUCCCCUCAAGGAUUCCUGGCAAAGGGAAGCAAGAAAUUUAACGUUGGUGUUUCAUUCAUGAGAAGCAGGGCUCUGUUCUCCGGGCUUCUAACAGGACCAGUUUGUUCUGCCUCCUCCUUUUCAGUGUCUGAUGAUGAGGUGGGUCAGUGACUUCCAUUUGUGGACUGAAAAGUAACCAUUCCCUCCACUCCUGGGGUUCCAAGUGUCUGUGAUUCUUCCAUUUUACAGAGAAAUGCAAGUCACCCACUCAGCACUGAAAGAGACCACCUGUUGAUGAGUGAGAGAAACCCCGACUGCUAAGAUGAGCCCAGCCACAGGGAGAGGGCGCUCGCAGGUCAGUUUAGCGACCUCUCUUCCCUUUCAAAGCUGGCAGCAGCACAGUUGUCUGUUGGGUACAGAGACCUCUUGGAUCCCAGGUGUGAGGCAGUCAGGUGUGGGCUUGUUGUUUUGCUGGGUUUGCAAAAAGCCAAGUGUUUCGGGGGUCCACCGCUGAGAGCAAACAGUGCUUGCCCACUCCAGGCUACCUUCUGCAGUGAAAGGCUUUCGGGAAGAGCUUUGUUUAUGGUUCCCGUGGCUUUUUGAAUGAUGUGCCAUUUUAAAAUUCAGGUCGAAUACUAUUAUAACUGGCUCUCAGGUUCGAUAUAGCCUUUAGUUGUAUUAGCAUUUCAAUUACCCAAUAUUCAUUAGGUAACGUGGCCACUGAUGAGGGUUCAAAAGUCAUCAUGGAGGAUUUCAGUUUGUACUCUUAUCUUGUGUGCACAGGUGUGAGAUGCAAUUGUCAUGUGGUCAUGUAUGAAAAUGUUUACUCCACCCAGGUGUCAUCCAUAGAGUGGGUUGGAGAUCCUUCCAUUUCUCUCAGGCCAGAGGCUUCUUUGAACUGAGUCAGGUGUCAAUGACAGUAGGUUUGGGUGCUGUUAGUCCUUCAGAUCCUUCCAUUCUAGAAAUGGAGGGCGAGUAUCCGUUUUCCAAGUUCUGCGACAGUCUUUCUGCCAGAUGUGAAAUCAAGGCCUCUAGCCGGUGUGGGUAAGAGGAAUUGAGGAACAACUCCAUCAGCACUGCCCCUCCCUGACACUCCCCCCCAUCACCCUCAGACACGCUCUCGCACGCCUGGUCUGGAAGGCAGAGAGGGAGGGUGGGAACGAGCCCCUAAUAAAACUCCUCAUCCUUUUCUAGGGUUUUGUUAGAGAGAGACUUCGUUUCUGCAGAAGAAGCGUUUGGUAGAUUUUGAAAGUCAGUGAAGGUAGUAAGAUUGUGUAGCCGUUUUAAGAGGGUGGGCCGGAGGCGGUUGGAGACUCACAGAGUUCAAGUUGCCAAAGCAAGAAGAAAUAGCUCUGCAGGAGGGCUGGCUCCGAAGGAACUGCAGCCUGGUGUGAGGGUUGUGGGGAGAGGAAAGGAGAGUGACGAAGCUAAGGGAGUGAUGGUAGAAAACACUUCAAUAAUUUAGGACCGAAAAUAUCUCCUCUUUUGUUACUAUUCUCAAACGUAACACGAUGGCCUCCUUGGAUCUCACUGAACAGAGCUUGGUACUACAGAAAGCUCCUCCCUUCCCUCUUUGCUCUCCUCCUCUGCCCUUCCCACCUGCACGUCAGUAGUCAGGUAGACCCCAUGGGGUCUCAGAUCACACAUUACCUAAGCUACUCAAGUAGACGGAUUGUCUCAGGUACAGAGAACUUCCAGAUCUUGAUGAUUGGCUUGCUAAAAGCUUAGAGUCAAAUGGGAUUUAACCUCUGUUGGCAACCCCCCUGGAGACUAUACCUAGUCUUGACAGUAUUGGUUUUCUGUGUAUAUGCAUACAGGGUAAAGAAACCCUGUAAGAAAAGAACAGAAGAGCAGUUUCAGCCCUCUCACUUCACUCCAAAUACUUCUAGUCACUUGUAGACCUAGCGGAUCUACGAUGAAAUCUUCCACGUGUCUGUCAGUACUCCGUGUGUGCUGCUGAAAUGACAAAGCAAUUCCUUUAGACUGGGUUUCUCUUCAUCUGAGGCAGUGGUUCUCAACCCUCCUAAUGCCGUGACCCUUUCAUACAGCUCCUCAUGUUGUGGUGACCCC